AUAUAUAUGUGGUAAUAUACAGAACUUGUGUCAUUCCAUUUUAUGUAAAUCAAAGAGUCAGGUAGUGACAACAAUUUUAGGUUAUUCGUCAAAUAGUAAACUCAAGACCAGGUCAAAUUAGUGGAGUAAAUUAGGGCUUUUUAAUUCAUGAAAUUUGAAUUAAAAUUCAUUCUUAGUCUUGUUUUAUCUGUGAGUUCCAUGGAGUAAAUGAGACUGUAGAAGAAAAUAAAUUAGGUUAUGUAAAUUUACUAGAUCAUUAUUUGGCUUUCUAAGUUUCAAGAUAAAUCUAUUAUGAAUAAAAGCUAUAGUGAGAAAAUCAAACCUAAAUCCAAAAGGCCUAAUGAGAACUGCAAUAAAUCGAAACCUUCAGUUGAAGCAAUUAAAGUAACAAUUGAAAAGAAAAAAGAAUGUAAUUCAAAAGCUUUGAAGAUCGUUACUAAUUUUUCCGAUGGAAUCGUCAGUGAAUCUUCUCUAGUGGAGAAUCUGCCAUUUAUUAGCCAAGAACAUUAUCAAGACAUCAUUGAAGAGCGUGCUAUAAACAAAUUGUGUGGUUAUCCUCCUUGUGGAAGGCAUCUGGACAAGAUUCCAACAAAGCAAUAUCAUAUUUCAACAACUCACAACAAAGUGUUUGACAUUACAGAUCGCAAAUUUUGGUUUCAGAAUUUCUGCAGUAAUCUGUGUUAUAAAGCCUCUAGAUAUCUAAAAGAUCAGAUCCUGACAAGUCCUCUGUGGUUGCGUGAUGGCCAAUUGUCACCUGAGUAUAGGCUAAUUUCACUGCAGUCAAAAGGGGGCAUUGUUGGAGACGAAGUGGAUUUAGGUCAUUCUUGUAUUAAACCGGAACCUGACGACUCUUUAUCAGCUGGUCUGUCUAGAACUGUAUCUGGGGCUAUGUUAGAAACAAAUAUUGAUAAUCUAGAGACUAAGAUAUACCCCUCCUUAGCUAACGAAUAUGAUGAUGACUCAGCGGAAGAGUCAAGAGAUUCAAAGUGUGAUCCUUUACCUGACAAUAGUCAAUCUUUUACCUUUGAAAAUACUAGUCCAAAACAUCAAAAUUCUUUUGGCGAACCUUCAAACGGGAAUGAGACAAGUAGUAGUUCAAGCGUAGGCAUUUCAACUAGUACAGAAGACAAAAAAAUGUUUAUUCAUGUAUCUCCAAAAGAAAUCACUGAAAACCCUGAGAGUCCAGUAAAAGUUAAUUCAUUGUUAUCAAAUAUAUGUAAUGAAGACAGAACCCAAAUCAAUACACUAAAUUUAAAUGAAUUAAAAACUUCAAACUGUGUGGCAUUAGAUAAUAGUAAGGUAAAUUCACAAAAAUUAAUAUCAAAACCACGUAAAAUUUUGCACAAGAAAAAAACUGAAAAUAAAGAGAUUGAUAUUUGUUUAUCCCCUGUACAAAGUGUUGUUUUAAAAGUUGAACAGAUCUUGAAAGAGUGGCUUUCGUUUGACUCGCUUUGUAUGCUAUUAGGAGAAAAUAAGAUUAAGGAAAUAUUAGCUGAGAAAAAAGACUAUAUUAAAGAUUAUUACAAUAUAACAUGUCCUACAGGUGACAGCCACUUCUAUGAAAGAUAUUUAGCCAUUUGUAAGAAAUUGAACAUUUUGGAGUUGGAAGAUACUAAAGUCGAUGCAUCAUUUAGGGAAGAAUCUAAAAAGCCUCUGCCUGAUUAUGAAACUUUAAAAGAAGAAGCAAAAAACAUGGAUUUGAAGGUUAGAAUGUUUUACAGAGGUGACAAACAAGUCCAGUUUGGAGAACCCAGCAACAGUGAAAAUGAACAAGUUUUAAAUGAAGAACCAGUACUACCACUUGUGGACCUCCAUGCACAAAAAGCUCUGCGCAGACGAAUUGUCAUUGAUAAACUUCGAAGAGUUUUACAAGAUUUACAGAAGAGUCUUGGUCUCAAGGGUUUCAACUUCAGUGACGAAGUCCGAACUCUAAUUGGGACGUUCAUCCUGUCUGCUCAUAAUAUUACAAUGAAGCCUGGAGAGUGGAACCUCAUUGCUAUUGUUAUCAUUAAAUUGCUAUCAUUGAAGGACAAGUCUUUAGAACAAGCUCUGGGGUCUAGUUCAACUAGUAAACAUCUCACAUUGCUAUUAAUGAGCUAUUCUUUGGACGCAGGCUACUUGGAUCGACUUAUUGUUUGGUUAACUGACAUUGAAUCUGUGAUACAGAAGCUCAAAUAGAUUCAGCCAUCUAUCUGUACUUGGAGAGGUAAAUGGCACAAUGAUAUCCUUACAAGAAUUUGCGUCAGCAAUCAACGUAGAGGAUUUAUUAUGGAAACAAAUGGAUCAAUUACAAUUUAACAAUAUCCCACAGGAACACAUAUUGCAAACAUAAAAAUCAUUGAAGGUUUAUUUUACUUUCACAAACUGAAGUAGAAUGCUUUACAUUUGUCACAGUUUGUGUUGUUCUUUGUAAUCUAAUUUUAAAUGUAGCUGGUCCUACAAAUCAUUAUCUCUCUCCUUUUUUGAGAGUUUUGGGCAAUAUUUGUUACAUUAACCUGUUAAUUUAAACACUUGUAGCUUAAUUCUUUUCUCUAAAUCAAAAAUUCAAUAGUGGAUUGUUUUUUUCUUUAUUUUUGCCUUAGAGAGCAUUCUGAUGAUAUAUCCAGGAUUAUUUAUUUGCUCUCAAAAUCUUGACAUAAAACAUUUUACAGAUGUCCAUGAAAUAUAUCAUAGUUAAGUCUAAAUGCAGUUUAUAUGAAAAGACAUUUUAUAGUAUCUUUAUUUCAUCAAAAAAAUAUUUUCUGCAACAUAUUUUGGUAAUGGUUGUGAAAACUUCCUGGUACCAGAAAUUCAAUACUAGUUUGAUAUUGCAUUAAUAAAUCUUAGUUUUUUAAAAAUUAUUUACUGAGAUUUUUAAUUGAAUAUCAAGAGUUUAUAUUUAAUCUUUGUUCAUUAGACAGUAUGAGUAACUUAGCUGUUUUUAAGACAUAAAAAGAUAUUUCAUCAGUUGAAUAUAUUAUAUUUUUAAGAGAAUGUUUUCUACGCCAUUAGCAUUUUGUAUUAUCAUCACAUUAAACUUUUUUAUGGAAAACGGCCCAAACCCAAAUUACAAAUGUUGUUUGACCUAUCUAGGAAUCGAACCCAUUACCUCUCAAUUGGAGAACCCUAGCCUUACCCAUAUGCUAAUGUUAAUAAUUAUUUAAACUUGUGUUAAGUUCUUAAUUGUCCUGAAACAAUUACAUGUAAUGUAAAUGUUUUAUCAGAAUUGUAUUCUUGCAAUUCAUACAUAUAAGUUCAUACUUACAUGAAACUCAAUACAUUACAAAUAUACAAAGGUUUACAAGAUCAUAAAUGUGAUAAAAUUUUUGUGAACAACUGAAAAAUAUGAAUUUUAGUAAAUAAAUCAAUGUAUUUUGUAUGGAAAUAUUUUAUAGUUUUCUUUUGAAACCUAAUGAAACUUUCAAUUCUUUGUAGUUAGUAUACAUAUCUAACCACAUUGUCUUUCAAUAAAAUAUCCUACCAGCUCAGUUGGAAGAAAGGUAGAUUUUACAUAUGGCCGUCAUCUUAAAAUGACAAACUGACGAUGCGUUAUUAGUUUAGAUGUUUAAUUUGUACAACACUGAUCGGACAAUAACUCUCAAUGUUAACAUAUUAAUAUACAGGGUUGGUGAUGGCUUAAUAUUUUUUAAACCGUUACAGAUGGAACUAUAUACGUUGGUACACUGUUAUUGGGCAUAAAACAAUAUUUUACUACAAUUUCAAUGAGCCGCUACCACUUCAGGGGACGGCCUACAAAGAGUCUGAAGAAAAUCUUAAAUAGAAGCAUAGGUUGAUAUGCACAUCAAAUUAAAGGUCUUUAUUAGUAGAAUACAUGGGCUCGGUUGUCCGUUUAAAGUGGAAUUUGCGACAUUGUAUUCUAAUAAUAAAUGUAGGUAUAUAGUUAUACCUUUAAUUUGAUGUGCAUAUUAACCUAUGCUUCUAUUUAAGAUUUUCUUCAGACUCCUUGUGGGCCUUCCCCAUGAAGUGGUAGCGGCUCAUUGAAAUUGUAGUAAAAUAUUGUUUUAUGCCCAAUAACAGUGUACUAACUUGUAUAGCUCCAUCUGUAACGGUUAAAAAAAUAUUAAGCCAUCUCGGGACUUUUCACCAACCCUGAAUUGUAACACUUUCAAACAUUAAGAAACUCCAUAAUUUAUAAACCUUACAAGAUAAAAAAUAUUUUAAGCAUAUAAAUUUCUUUGUAAAAAUGUGGACUUGAAUUAUUUGCAAUUAAUCCAAAAUUAUGUUUUUAAACAUAAUUUACUUAUAACGAUUUAAUUUUAUACUUCUAUAACUUUAAACGGCCACCCUUUUGAAAUCUUAAUAGUUAUAGAAAAAUAAACAAGAAUAAAUGUAGCUUGAAAUUGCUUGAUAAUUUUAUGAAGUGUCAAUUUGGAAUUAUAUUUUAAAAUACCCAAGCUGAAAAUGCGAAUGACUGCCAUGUUAAAAGUUUUUUAUUGGUUGAGGCGGCUAAUAACUCACCCACACAACUCUCUGUACCAUGUUUAGUCUGAAUCCGUUAAGAACUACAGUAGUUACUGUGUUCACAAUUAUUAUUCCUCCAAUGUUGUAUACUACAUAAAUCUUUGUAUGCCCACUAACUGGAAAUCUUACGAGAUAUAAAAAAUACGUAAGAACAAACAUUACUAUAAAUUACCUGAGGAUUCUAAAACACUUAUUUUGUUUUUAGUUAUACACAUAACUUAUAUAUAACCAUUCUUCUUCCAACAUUUUAAUGUUCGCCAUCUUGAAGUGCAUUUUUUACUUCCUUUGGAUGAAAACGAUCAUGUGCAAGAUUAAGAAAGUUAUAAAAAGAAUUCAUCUUGGAAAAAAUACUGGAAAAGUAUUGAUACUUUGAGUAUCAUUUAAAUAUAUAUAAAUGUGUAUGUAUGGUUGUAUAUCUAUUUACAGAUGAUGUAAUACUGCUUACAGUAUUUUAUUAAAAUCAAAGUUUGUAUAUUAGAAAUAAAAUAUUCAUGUUUAUUUGA